AUGGCUGACAUAAAGGCGGUCCCGCCUUCCCUUCGGAGCCGGAAAAAAUUCGCCUCGACUUCGGUGUUUCCCCUCCGAACAUCCGCAACACUUUUCGGAGGCACCCUGCGAGCAAAACUCAGGUCAUAUCCUAUCGCAACGAGUGUCGCAAGACCCUCACCCGUGCUGUCAAAAUGGCAGACCGAACUGCAACUGAUGCGAAGCCGAAAUGCACCCCGGCCGAGCUCAUGCUGAAGGUCAUUCUGACGGGGACUCUGAGCCACUAUGAGACUCGCGGCAUGAUCGACGAAACGCGUCUGGAACAUAUGCUGGCGGCGGGGAAGUCGAUACUGUAUAAAACUCACCAAGAAAGCGAUGUCAGACACAAUCUGGGCCUGUCGCCGGACAUUUGGCAGGGCUUUACGGACGUAUUGACCAAAGCGAUCCCGGUCCUCGAAUCGCAAUCUUUUGCUUGGAAAUGCCCUCCGAACGCAAGCUUCGACCACUCGUCCUCCAACCUCAUCGCCUUCAACUACUCUUCACUCGUCAAGGACAUUGAGCGCCUUAAUGACUUAUGUACUAUCGCGCGAAACCUUCUUGCGACCACGAAAAAGGCGCAAAACAUGGCGGCAGAGAAGGGGUUUGAUCAGAGAAUUCUGGCGUUGGUAGACACUUGUGUCCGAGUGACGGCGCGGGGCUUUGAUGGAGAAACCAAUGCGAGGAAUGAGGAGCGUUGGCAGAAAGUGGUCAAUCUUUACAAACGGCUGCUGAUUACCUGCCUGCAAUUCCUGCAUAAUUUCAUCAUGCACAAUGAGCAACGGAAGAUAGUCCUCUGGUUAGAUCUUUUCGGGUACCAUUCGACUGGAGAUUCCAAUAUCAUCCAACCCAAAGAACCGUUUGAUCCAGCCAUGACUCAACCUGAGGGGGUUGCGCCGAUCGUGAUGUCCGGAGAGAGAAUAGUCAAUCCCCCGAUACGGGCUCUGUAUGACCAAACGGCGGAGGACCUGCUUCUCGAGACCAUAUCCAACUUCCCCCGGGAACCUGCGACCAUCAAAGAGGAGGCGGCGAUGUUGCUUCUCGCCAACAUCAAGGACCACAUGGAAAAGCUUCUUGGACGCGACCUGACCGCCAUUAAGGAAAUGGGCAAGGAUCCGGAACAGGUCAAGGAGAUUCGCGCCGCGCUUACUGCCAUACUCGGAGCGAAGGUUGAUGGAUGGACCGACCUUCAAGACCGAGCGAAAGACCUUCCCCCGGCCCUGCCCGAAGAUGAGCCCCCGCGCAAGAAAUCCAUACUCACGAUCGACCGUAGCUUGACUGCAGGGUUUCCUCGCCUCUGCUGGUCCGAUUUCCCGGAUCUUCCGGAUCUUAGCGACUACGGUGCUUUAGCAUCAGGCGACGCAGCCAUCAUGGAUGAGGACACAAGCAUGCCGCGAUCUGCUCAGUCUGCUGCUGAGACACUCCAAGAAGCCAAGGAUGAGCUGAUGGCACGUCUGCAGGAAUCGUCACAGCUCGGCGACGGCGCGGAUGGAGAUUACGAUACUGGCGAUGCCGGGACGGUUGGUGAUGACGACUCACGGAGCCUGGAAGCGGUGGCUGACGGGAGCAUGGAGGAAGAGGAGGAAGACGACGAGGAUGAUGACGACGACUACCGAGGCCGUCCAGGCGACCAACAACGUGGCUUGCUGACAGACAUUCCGUUGGUUCUUGGACCGGCAGAGAUCGAGGCUCUUCCAAUGAUCAUUCAAGCCGGCAUUGUGGACAGCUUUGGCCUCAAGGGCGGAGAAAGGUCGGGCACAAGGAACAUGCAGUCCCUUCGCUGUCACAUUCUACUCACCCAGGAAACCGGUCGAAACCUCCUCCGAGAGCUGCUAAUCUUCAUCGCCGCAUGGGACCUGCCUGACGACGAACUCUACUUCAAGAUGAUGGUGCAGAUCAUGGAUGCCGUUCUACGCAACGGAUUAAUGUCCCAUGCUUAUUCCGAUUUUGGCCAGCCCAAGGACAUUAUCUCCCCAGCGCAGGCAGUUGUCGUGAAGAUCCUCACUCACAUCUUCCGAGCCAAAUACUCGCCUGCCUCGGUCACCGGAUCCACGCAGGCCAACCCUACCAAGAGCCCGGCUCCGCUAUCGAGGGUCGACAUUCUGACCGUGCGCUACAUCUUCACCAUCUUCCGCGGUAAUAUCAUUCCUGAGACCUGCGCGUUGAUCUACCUCCAGGGCCAGAUCCGGGCUGGACGGGCUCUUCCCGAGGACUUCCCUCUGAACCUGUGGGAUAUGGAACGCGUCUACGAAGGUGUCUACCAAUUCCUCGAAUUCUUCGCCGUGCUUACCGAAAACAACGACUGGAAAAACCUAUUGGUCAAAUGGGAGAUCGUCUACGAUCUGGUCACGUUGAUCAAGGAGCUCGAAGCCAGCAUCCCUAAGGGACAAUUAAGUGCCCUGCCAUUCGGACGCAGCAGCAGCCCUUCUAAGGACUCCCAGCAUGGCGGUGCAGCCCCCGGACCAGUCGCGGUGGAACGGCCCUACGAUCCCAGUGACCCUGAUCCGGUGGACGCGGGCCCCGGAUCUCGAGCAGAGUCCCCCCCUAUCACCGAAGAUCCAUCGGAGUUCGAGUGGCGCAAUCUCAAGAAGCUGGUUGUGCUCGUUCUCUCGUCGUUGGUCUGGAAGUGCCCUGAGGUGCAGGACCAGAUUCGUCGACAUGGUGGUGUCGAAGCCGUGCUGUCUUGCACCAACUUCGAUGCGCAUAACCCGUACAUCAAGGAGCACGCUGUCAUGUGCCUGAAGUUCUUGCUGGAGGGCAACCGCGAGAACCAGAGGCUCGUAGAGGAGCUGGAAGCGCGCGAGGUUGUGAAGGAUGACGGGGGGCUGUUGGAGAAGAGCGGAUUCGAGGCGGUGAUUGACAAGACAGGCAAGCUGGCUAUUAGACCGAAGGAGGGUCCGGCCGAGAAGAAGUGAUCAGACUUGCUGGGUCGUAGUUUAUCAUGCCGCA